CUUACCCAUGCGUGCCAUGCUACGGUUAAUGGCCAUCUUUGCCUUGUUCGGGAUAAUAGCGGCCCCUCUCCUCCCAGGCUAGCGGUUAACCCGAUUACCGGUAUGCCAUGGAUGGAUGAAUAUGGGGAAUACGGUACCCGGUCAAGGGGACAUAGUGUACUAUGGCAUGCAUGCAGACGGCCAGAGGAGGAACCUUGCCAUAUAACCAUGGCUGAUUCCUGGUUCCCGGGCCACGCCCCGGUUGGAGAGGGUUACCAGCCGGGCAAGAUACGUACGUUUCUUCGUGGUGGAAACAGCAACAAUGCGUGCCGUAUCUCUUCUCCUCGUGCUGUCUUCCUUCGCGGAGGCGGUAUCGGUUGGCCAACGCCGCAAGGUUGUCCAGUCGUGCAACGUGCACCGAGACAAGAGCUCUGAUACAACACCUUUGCAAGUGGGAAAUGGCAACUUUGCCUUCGGCGCCGACGUCACGGGGCUACAAACCUUUAAGCCCUAUGCCAUCAUGUCAACAUGGGGUUGGCACAACUUCAGCCUCCCCACAACACCAGGCCAGACUUCUGUGGAUGACUUCACGGGGGUGCAACUGUGGACCCAUGGUAGACUUGUCACCUACGAGAUCCCUAACCCGGCUCAGAACGACAUCUCGAACUGGCUCAGAGAGAAUCCCCAUCGGCUGAAUCUGGCCCGUGUCGGGUUUGACUUUGGAUGUGACAAUGUCACCGAGGACCAGCUGCAACACAGGUUCCAGGAGCUCGACAUUUGGACGGGGAAGCUGUCUUCGUAUUUUGCGUACAAUGGGCACCCGGUCAGGGUUGAGACUUGGGCUGACCCCGACUCCGACACCGUCGCAGUCAGUAUCAACUCGAACCUCCUGAGGAAAGGCCUAGGCCUGUUCUUCGACUUCCCCUACCCCGACAACGAGAAGUUCAACGCCCCAUUUGUCGGCCACUUCAACCUCACAUCCCGGCAUUCGACUGUACUGGAGAGGCUAUCGCGUCGCUCUGCCAGAAUCAGGCAUACACUGCAAAACACGACAUAUUACACCCACGUCUCAUGGAGCGGCCACGGGACGGUGACCGGCCCAGCAGAGGGCAGUCACCGCUACCUCUUCACGUCACCUCAGACCAACAUCCAACUGACCAUCACCUUCGCGCCCUCUGCAACCAACCCCCACCCGACCUCCUACCGCCGCGUGACCUCCGCCUCACGCAGCUGGUGUGGCACCUUCUGGACCACCGGCGCCUUUAUCGACCUGACCUCCGUCCGCGACGACCCGCGCGCCCGGGCUCUCCAACAACGCAUCUUCCUGUCCCAGUACCUCACCGCCGUCAACUCGGCCUCCGCCUACCCGCCGCAGGAGUCCGGCCUCGUCAACAACGGCUGGUACGGCAAGUUCCACCUCGAGAUGACCCUCUGGCACGCGCUGCCCUUCGCGCGCUGGAACCGCUUCCCGCUGCUCUGGCGCAGCAUCCCGGACACCUACACGCGCCUGCUCCCCUCGGUGCGCGCCCGCGCGCGGAUGCAGGGCUAUGCGGGCGCCCGCUGGGGCAAGAUGAUGGCGCCGCUAUCGGCGGCGCCCGGCGGGCCCAGCGCGCCGGGCGACAUCAACGCGCUGCUCAUCUGGCAGCAGCCGCACCCGCUCUACUUUGCCGAGACCGAGUGGCGGGCGUUCCCCAACCGCACGACGCUGGAGCGCUGGGACGAGGUCAUCACGGCCACCGCCGACUUCAUGGCCUCGUACGCGUGGUGGAACGCCACGACGGGCGUGUACGACCUCGGCCCGCCCAUGUACCCCGUCUCGGAGAACACGGACGCCAACGGCACGCGGAACCCGACGUUUGAGCUGGCGUACUGGCGGUUCGGGCUGGACGUGGCGGCGAGGUGGAAGGAGAGGCAGGGGAAGCCGGCGCCGAGGGAGUGGGUGAGGGUGCGAGACGGGCUGGCGCCGCUGCCCAUGGUCGACGGGACGUACGCCGUGUACGAGGGGAUCGAGGGCAUGUGGACGUCGAACGCGACGACGAACGACCAUCCGGCCAUGGCGGGGAUCUACGGACUCCUGCCGCCGCCCGCGAGCGGGGAGCCGUUGGACAUGGAUGCGCUCAAGAAGACGGCGGGGAAGAUCAAGGAGCUCUGGGCGCUGGACUACUCGUACGGUUGGGACUUCUCCAUGCUUGCGAUGAACUCGCUGAGACUGGGCGAUCCCGACCAGGCGGUCGAGUACCUGCUGCAUCCGAUCUUCCAGUUCGAUGACGCGGGCUAUCCGGUAGGUGGUUCGCGAGUGCCGACGCCGUAUUUCCCCAACUCGGCCUCGUUGUUGAUAGCCACGGCCAUGAUGGCUGGCGGCUGGGACGGGAGUGAGGGCAUCACAGGACAUUGGCCCAAGUCGUGGGAGAAUCAUGUGCGUGUGGAGGGCUUUACGCCGGCGUUGUGAAGGGGAGAGCUCUGGAGUGGUUCUAGUGCCGGUGCGAUGAACGUGCCGCUGUUGUGAACGCCGGCGUGGUGGAGUGAUCCGUAAUUGAAGAGAAGAGAUAAGGAUCGAUUCUCUGCAUCUU